GUCACCCAAACUUUCCCUCAAUUCCUUCACAAAUUACAGGUCAUUCCAGCUUUUGCAUAAGAGAGAGAGAGAGAAAAAAAAAGCUAGAAAAUACUUUGAAAAACACGCUAGAAAGUUUCAGCCAAUUUUCCUGCCAGACAAACAAGUCCACCAGUCCUCUCACUAGGUUUCAAUAUAGAAAUUUUUUUCUCCUUUUUCUAUCGAUCUGUACAUCCGCCGAUUCCUUAGUGUUCUUUACGAUGCCUUCUCGCCGUAGAACCCUCUUGAAGGUCAUCAUCCUCGGCGACAGCGGGGUAGGGAAGACGUCUUUGAUGAAUCAAUAUGUAAAUAAGAAAUUUAGCAAUCAGUAUAAGGCGACGAUUGGAGCUGAUUUUUUGACAAAGGAAGUGCAGUUUGAGGAUAGGCUUUUUACCUUACAGAUCUGGGACACAGCUGGCCAGGAAAGAUUCCAGAGCCUAGGUGUUGCUUUCUAUCGCGGUGCUGAUUGUUGUGUUCUUGUAUAUGAUGUCAACUCAAUGAAAUCGUUUGACAACCUUAACAACUGGAGAGAAGAAUUCCUUAUUCAGGCAAGCCCUUCGGAUCCUGAGAAUUUCCCGUUUGUUGUUUUGGGGAACAAAAUCGAUGUUGAUGGUGGAAACAGUAGAGUGGUGUCUUUGAAAAAGGCCCGAGCAUGGUGUGCCUCGAAAGGAAAUAUCCCCUAUUUUGAGACAUCUGCCAAGGAAGGAGUUAACGUGGAAGAAGCUUUCCAAUGCAUAGCAAGGGAUGCUCUAAAGAGUGGGGAAGAGGAAGACAUAUACUUGCCCGACACCAUAGAUGUUGGGAGCAGCAGCAGCCAACCAAGGUCAGGCGGAUGCGAAUGUUGAAAGAUACCAUGCAUGUUCAUUAUUUUUUCCUGUUCCGCCAAUAAGUACGGUUAAAAUGUUUAGAAUGAUUUGGUGUUUCCCAACCAUUUUAUGGGAUUUAUGGUGUUGGUGUGAGAAAAAAAAAAGGUCUGUUAAUGCUUUUGGUUUGGCUGGAUUUAGUUCUGUAAUGUUCUCAUUUGUAAACAUUGUUUUUUGUUCUGCACUGCCUACGCAUUGUUUUUAAAGUACAUUUUAUGGUAUAUUUCAUAAUUUCAAACUAA